AACACGACAACGACAACUCCUGCACCUCGUCUGCAGCUGGCCACAGCCCCGAUCCAGACCGUGUGCAGAUGUGAGUUGCCGUGUUGGGCGAAGCUGCCAUCUUCCACCUCGGUUUGGCGUUCAGCUUUGUCUGUCCUGGCCCUGGCGCGCCUUGCCGCUUUCUUCCUAGACGCCCGCAGCGCAAUCGAGCCUAAGUUAGACCUGCCCUGCCAUCGGACCAAAUGCGCACCACCCCCAGCGCCCGCCUGCCACCACCCACGACGCCUUUGUCCCACCGCACCCUGCCAGACCGAACACCACCACCACCGACAUCGACCCGACGACCACCCCCCGACUCCCGCCCGCGACUUCCGGAAACGCGUCCGAGUCCAUUUCACUUUCGGCACUCCACGUCCAUCUGAGACACGCCGCAUCGAUAACGUCCAUACGAUCUGCAUGUGCACUUACCACCACGCGCAUGUCCCGUGACAGCCACUUCGACACGCUUCGCUCUUCAGCUCUUGGCCUGCGGGCCUGAGCAAGAAGUCAUCCUGGCCGGCAUCGCGAACCAGUCUGCCUUGCUGCAGUCUGGCUACGAAAACAAUUAUGCCUCCUUCCACCAGCCCCAUGCCUCCCGUGCCAACGCGAAUGCCCCUUCGAUGACAUUGACUCCCGAGAAUAUUGCGCCCAAAAAGCGCAAAGACGCGCCUAAUCCAUCUGGAGUGAAGCCCGUGAAGAAGGUGAAGAGAGUGGGUCCAAAGGAGAAUCCCAAGCCGGAAACGAAUGGUGAUGGCGAUAAAGAUGGGGAAGCUGCCAAACCGAAGCGCGUACGGACUGGGUGUCUGACAUGUAGAGAGCGCCACCUAAAAUGUGAUGAGGGCCUACCCAACUGCAACAAUUGCAAAAAGAGCAAUCGACAAUGCAAGCGAGGCGUGCGGUUGAACUUCAUCGACACAUGGUGUCAAAGGCCGCCUAUACUGUACAACUCUUGGGGCACGUCGAACUGGAAGGUGGCCUUCAUGGACGAGUCACGGGAGAUUGCGAAUGAAUACCAAGGAGGUAUUGAGCGGUAUCAGCAUCUCAAGCUGGAGCCGGAUGUGCAAACCACUCAGCCACUGGACUCGGGCAUUGCUUUCGACUAUCCGACGGCCACAUCACAGCUACCACCGAUGAACCAGGCACUACCGCCUAUUGGUGGCAUAGUGCCAGACACAUAUCCCGAGCCAAUGCAGCAGCCACACAUGAACAACAUGUUCGAUCAGCAGCCGAAGCUGGAUCUCAGUCACCUGAAUUCUCAUCAAGGACCGCCUCCGGGAUCAGGCUCCACUCAGCAUUCACAUCACACAAACGACUCAAACCAUGGGAUGCGUGCCAUGCAAGGGUCAGUGGCGAGCUGGAAUGGCUUGGAUACCGAACUCAUUGACACGGAUAAGGAAAAGAAGGAGUAUCUGGACAGCCAGGAAGAGACGCUCUUCAUGCAGGUGUUCGUGGAAGAAGUCGGCCUGUGGAUGGACAGCAUGGACCCGCACAAGCACUUCUCUCGACUGCUGCCAUUUCACUCGCUCUCUGAGCCCAUGCUACUCAAUGCAUUCCUAGCAUGUGGCGCGCGUCACUUGACUCUAAUCAAUCCUGUGUACACAGAGGAGAAGGCAUUGCAUUACUACGACACCGCAACACGCUAUCUGCUCAAGAACCUGCAAAAUCCGAACCGAGACACAGUGGUUUGCGCAACGACCGCCGUCAUUCUGAACGUGUACGAGAUCAUGUCAGAGAAGGCGCUUCAGCGGAUGAAUCACAUCGCCGGUGCACGAGCGCUGAUCAAGGAGUGCGGGUGGAACGCGCGAGCCCAGGGAGUUGGGUCUGCCUGCUUCUGGUUGAACGUGGGCCUGGAAGUGCUCUCCUGUCUGCACUUCAACUGGCAAGUCGCUUGGGAUCCGGAAGAUUGGGGGGUCGACAUGGACUUUAGCCGCGAGAUCGCGAAUGGGCGGGAAGAAGUCUGGACCCACCGAAUGCUCUUCAUCGUAGCGAAGAUCUGCAAUUUCCGCGCCACGAUGCCACGGGAGCAGCUGCCCAAUCAGCGAGACGAGCAAGUUCGGCUGCAAGCACGACACGAGCAGUGGACGCGUUUGAGACGAAUGUGCGAUGCUUGGAACGAUGGCAUUCCACGGACGAUGCAUCCCAUGGCGUAUCUAUACGCUUACCAGACGAGCUCAAAAUCCGUCUUUCCUGAAGUGUGGCUGGUAAAGAGAACGACAAUCGUGGCACGGCUGUUCUAUCAUAUGGCCAUGCUGUUGAUGGCGCAAAUACAUCCCUAUUAUGGGCUGGACAAUCCGGAAAUGCUGGAAAUGCAGACGCGACACUCGCAAAUGAUAUGCGGCAUCGUUGCGCAUGUCAAGGAUCGCGGUGUCGCAUCUGUGGCCAUUCGCUCCCUCGCUCAUGCAGCAGAAGUUCUCACUGAUCGUAAGGAACAAGAGGAAGUUCUGACCAUCUUCGACAAGAUCAACAAAGAGACAGGCUGGCGUAUAGGCUUCGUCUACAAGGAGCUCAAGGAGAAAUGGGGCUGGAACGAAGAAAUAUCGCCUCAGCAAUACGCGCAAACACACAACGCUGCUCGCCAAGCCAAAGAAGCGCAAGACGAGCAGCAGCGGCAGAUGCAGGAACAAGCCCAGCGAGCUCAAUCCCUGUCUUUGCAGCAGGGCUUCAACUUUGGUCAGCAGAACAACAUGUCGGUCAUGCAGCAACAGCAAGUCACCCCAACCCAAAUGUCGCCGCCACAACAACCACCGCCCAGUCAGCAGCAGUCGAGACCCAGGACAUCUGCCCCGGCGAAGCCGAGGAUUCCGUCCGGCAUUCCAAACCCGCUUUACGCGCAGGCCGACUUUACGCUGUCUCAACACCCCUACCAAAAGUUCUACGUCCCGCCCAACGUCUCACAAAGCAUGGGCUUCACGGCGAACGGACAAUCGAAUGGCGGUGGCGUUCCUGCCCCACCGCUCUAUUACAACUAAGCGUGUGGCACUCUUCUUUUUACAGCAUUGCAGUUCAGUUUUUUUUGCAUACGACACAGGGACAGACGGAUACACAGCACGAUCAGGGAAAAAAGCUUUUUCAACACAGCAGUGAUUGGGCAAAAGAGGGUCUAAUCAUGUACGAGUACGACGAUAACGAGAUCCUAGGGAAGGAAACCUUUAGCUUUUAUUAUCUGAUUCGAAUUUGUUGCGAAGUUUUGGGGAAGAGGAGGAUGUUGAAGAAGAGCUUGGCAACAAGGCGAGAUGUGAUACCCAUACAAUUGUUUUGGUUCGGUUUUAGUUUAGGGGAGGUGGCGGGAUGUCGGCACGGCAAUACAAUUCGGAGCAACUUCUAUCGUGGACUCUGUCUACAUCGACAUUUCUUCCUGUCUCCGAGUCUUGAAAUGCCCCAGCGAUACGGAGUGCGUUUGGGACGUCUGGUAAUCGCAGCAAUAACCAGGUCGGAUGUGGUGCCGAUUUCUGGUGUGCCAACAUAGGGACUGCAAAGCAUAAGAUUUGUUAUUAUCCUAGCUCGUCCAUUAUGCUGCCAUAUC